UGACAAUUUUGAUUGAUCGAUUCGAAAUUCUUUUGAUUUUUGAGAAAUUUUGUGCCCGCCAAUCGCGAACAACAACAAGAAGAUGUCGUCGUCGUCGUCCAGGCGAGUCGUGAAGCGUGUAAAAUACAAGGAUGCAGUAAAAAACCCUGGCACUCCCGGCGUUUUAACUAUGGUUGAGAACAGGUUUGUGUUCAAGCCAAACGAUCCCACGUCUGCCAGAAUGCUUGAUGUGGAGUUUAGACAUAUUAAAGGUCACAAAAACACUAAGGAGGGAUCCAAGCAACCACCCUUGCUUAAUCUCAGCAGCAGUCGUGAGGGUAUAAGUUACAUUUUUGAGUUUCAAAGUUAUCCUGAUCUUCAUGAAUGCCGAGAUUUUGUAGGCAAUGCCCUAUCUAAGGCUACAGAAACUGCAAAAACUGCUUCUGAGAGAGAUGGAGUUACAUUCCCUGAUGAACAACUCAGUGCAGCAGAAAUGGAGCUCCGUAUGAAAUUAUUGCAAGAAGACAGUGAAUUGCAGAAACUUCAUAUGCAGUUUGUAAUCAGUGGUGUCUUGACAGAAUCUGAGUUCUGGGCAACUAGGAAGAAGUUGCUUGAUGGAGAUAGCCGUACAAAGCCAAAACAACGGGUUGGUUUUAAAAAUUCAAUGAUUUUGGACACCAAACCUACAAGUGACGGUCGGAUGAACAAGGUUACAUUUAAUUUCACUCCAGAGAUUAAAUAUCAGAUCUUUGCUCUCAAACCAGCUGUUCACCAGGCAUUUCUUAAACUAGUGCCCAGUAAGAUGACAGAAAAAGACUUCUGGACAAAAUAUUUCAGAGCUGAAUUCCUCCACAGUACCAAGAAUGCCGCUACAAUUGCAGCAGAAGCUGCCGAGGAUGAGGAACUGGCAAUUUUUUUAAAGGAGGAUGAAAUAGUGGCAAGGGAAGCUCGUCGGAAGAUUCGACGGGUUGAUCCAACUUUGGAUAUGGAAGCUGACCAAGGGGAUGAUUAUACACAUCUUCCUGAUCAUGGGAUUUUUCGUGAUGGUAGCAAAGACAUCACUGAACUGCAGAAUGAGCAGUACAGGAGGACUUUAUCGCAAGACCUUAACAGGCAAGGGGCUGUUGUUCUUCAAGGAAGAACUGUCGAUGGGGAUUUAGAAGAUCCAGAAAAUGUUGCAGAGGCACUUAUGCGGUCAAGACAGGAGCCUGAAGAGAGUGCUGUGCAGGAGAGACUUGAUAGGAUUACUCGGAUGAAUGAGAUAGAUGACCUUCGAGAAUCUCACGAUCAUCCUGUUGCUCAAUUAUGUAUUAAGGAUCCUCGAGACUACUUUGACACACAACAAGCCAAUGCACUUAAAACUUUGGAUGACUCACGAAUUGGAACUGAACAGAAAAAAUGCAGCAUGACUACUGAGGAAGCAUAUGGCUCAUUGAGGGAAUCUAUAUCUAAAAUUAAGAGCAUUGGAUUGAAAAAUUCCACAGUUGAACCAGAAAUUGCUCUUACGGUUCUUAAUGGGCUGACUCAGAAUAUUUCAAGUACCAAGUAUCAACUUGGAAAGAAUCCUCGGGAGAGUAUUCUAGACAGUUUGCCGAGCAGAAUGAAAGAGGAACUGCUCCAUCAUUGGAUGUCCAUUCAAGAAUUACUGAGGCAUUUUUGGUCUUCAUAUCCAAUUACGACAGCUUAUCUUUCUACAAAGGUAGGCAAACUGAAAGAUGCCAUGUCACAAAUCUAUCGACAGCUAGAGGAGAUAAAGGAAUCAGACUUCCGGCACCAGGUUUCACUCCUUGUUCGUCCAAUGCAUCAGGCUCUUGAUGCGGCCUUUCAACAUUAUGAAUCUGACUUGCAGAAAAGAGCUGCAAGGAGUGCAGAGAUGCCAAAUGGAAAUGCGUAGGAGAAAGUUUGCCCUUGAUUGGUUCACUCAAUGUCCCGCGUUUUAUCUUGUUGCGAUCGUAUACUGCAUCCAAUCAAUUUUGCUAUGAGGUUGUGCUAGAUUGACGAGGUUUUUUUGACGUUGUAAAAUAUACAUUGAUGUUCUUGAGUAUUGACCAAUUGUGUCCAAUUGUUCAAUAGAGGAGUCAACAAUUGGGUGGAAGUAUUCUUGUAUGGACUAGCGGCUUCUGCGCAGCAUUAUGUGUUGCUUCUAAUAACAUACAUUUUUCU